AACUCUGGAUCCUACCAACCAACCAGCGUUGUUAUGUAACACUGUAUAGCAACAGCUUACUUGUUUUUAAAAAUAUCUAUCAUUAAUAACGAUAACAACUUGAGUUCUAUUGUUUGUCAUUUCAUGUCAGCUAAAUUUAUGGUUCCAGCAAAUCAUACUUAACAAUGUUUUCAAGAAAAUUAAACAGUUUAUCUAUGAAAACAGCUGUAAAUAUAUUGUUGAUUUUCUUGGUUUUUUGCGUAGUCACAGAUGCUACUCUUACACCAGAUGAUUCAGGCAACAAAGACAGGAAACCAGGAUAUGAAGGGUCAAGCAACAGUUCAUUGGCUGACAGAGGUCUUCUGGUUACAAACCCAAAGGUGAAAGAUAUCCUUCGUGAAUACCAAAUCUAUUCAGAAGAUGCAUCCCGUAAUUUUAAUGGAACGGUCUUAGGUUAUGUUACUCCGUGGAAUGGCGAAGGCUAUGAUAUUGCUCGAAUCUUUGCCAAAAGAUACACUCAUAUAUCUCCUGUUUGGUUGCAAUUAAAGUUAAAUGAAGAUGAAGAAACAACAAGAAUUGAAGGAACACAUGAUAUCGAUUUAAAAUGGAUGCAAGACUUGAGGAAGGUUAAUCCAAAUUUGAAAAUUGUACCUCGAGUGAUCUUGGAUAAUUGGUAUAGCUCACAGCUGAUCGUCUUACUCACUAAUAAUAAAUUAGCUUCGUACAUUGGAAGACAGCUUGCUGAACUUGCUAAGAAAUGGGAAUUCGACGGUUUUGUCCUAGAAAUAUGGUCUGCCUUUGCUGCUCAACAAAAAUCUGACGUUAUCGAAAUAAUCGCUAAAAUAUACGCUCACUUCAAAAAAAAUAAAAUUCAACUAAUUUUGGUCGUUCCUCCGCCGAUCCAUUAUGGAGGAAGAGUUGGUCUAUUCUUAAAAGAAGACGCUGAAAGGCUCGCGCCUUACGUUCAUGGAUUCUCAUUGAUGACCUAUGACUAUUCAAAUGCUCAAAGGUAAAUGAUUCAUUUUUAUAAAAUUAUUCUAUUCGCAUCUUACAUUGUACAGUACAUUGUAUUUAUUUCGUUAACAAACAGUCCAAUCAAGUGGAUCCGAGAAUGUGUUAAAAUAUUAACUCCCAAGGCUUCAAGUCCGAUUCGUAAAAAGUUGCUUGUUGGUUUAAACUUUUACGGAAUGGAUUACUCUCCGACUGGAGGAUCUGCCAUAAUUGGAAAACAAUACAUUGAGAUUUUAGAAAAGUCUAAGCCCAAACUAAAUUGGGAUCAAACCUCCGCUGAACAUUAUUUUGAAUACAAAUCUGGAGCUGGUCGUAAUAGAGUUUUUUAUCCAUCACUCAUGUCCAUUCAAAUGAGAAUCCAAUUAAUGAAGGAACUUGGUACUGGUCUAUCAAUUUGGGAAAUCGGCCAAGGAUUGAGAUAUUUCCAAGAUCUCCUUUGAACAUUCCUAAAACCAACUAAAUUUUACAAAAAGUCUAUUUUCAGCAAAUCUGUGUCUAAAAAUGUAUUUAUUUGAGGCAAAGCAAUAAUUCCUGCUCUUUCACAAUUUAUUUAAAUGCUUUAGAUAAGUAGUAAAUUAUAAAAAUUAAAAGUUGAAAAUACAUUCAAAUAAUUGUAUUUGUAAAUUAAAUUCAUCAAUGAAUUUGUAGCAGAAAAACAUUUUUCUGCAAUUCUUCAUAUUACAAAUCUUAAUUCCUUAAAAGCACCCUUUUUAAUAAAACACACGAAUUUCGAUUUAUAUUA